AUGACGGAGAAAGGAACGACAUUCUAUGUUUUAUCUGUGCCAGGAAAACAGGGGGUGCAACCAGAUCCUGUUAACCAAGAUGUACCCAAAUCUCCCAGUAUUAAACGUAAACCCUAUAUAGAAAGUGUGGAUAUACCCAAAUCUUUGAUAAACGACAUCAAAAGACAAAUUCGAGUAAACUUUUUAAACCAUCUAGAAACAUGGUUAGAGCAAGCUGUAGAUAAAUCUAGUAGUGUGGUCGUUGCCAAGUGCGAAGAGUUAAACAGUGAACUAGAUUUACGUCUGCAUCUUCAUCAACCACGACCGAGACGAGCUGAACUCGAUAUUCAUAAUGUCAGGGCUGCUGAAUUGGUCAUGCAUUCUGAACGAGUGUCUCGACAUAGUAAAGGUAUACAACAGUCUCUGUCUGAUCUACGAACACGUUUUAACGGUGUUAGUCAGGAACACAAUAAACUAGCUCAUAAAUUCCGUGAGGAUAUCGAAGCUUUAGAGAUAGUUUUUAUCAACGCUACCAAAUCGUCAAGAUUAAUGGCGUUACAGAAUCAACUGGGAGUAGAAUUAGAGAAGUUUAUGUCUGUAAUAAGAACAUCAUUAAGACAGUUUCGUCAACAUCUUGAUAAAAACCUACAGAUGUUACGUGAAUCAAACGCUAGAUUCAUCAAAUCUUUCAAGUUGUUUUCAGACGGAGGUAAUUUUUGUCCCCAGGAGAUUGAAGAGUAUCGUAAGUCAUUAGAGAAGAUGUCUCAGAAGAUAGACCAGGUUGAAGGUUCUAUCAUGUCCGACCUUGAAGGCAUGGAGUCCAAACGUCUAGAACAGGGCAGUAAAGUUGCUAUUGAGUUCGAAGACAGGUUUAAGAGUCAUAUGUUUGAUCUGGUAUUUAUGGAAAAGAUCGCAAGAUGGUUGACGAACACCCAGGUUAAAAUAAAAACAGAAGUUGCCGAUAGCAACACCCAGGCUCAAACUAUUACACGCCAUAUUCAACAACUUGAUCGUAGAAUUGACGCUUGUGAAAACCCUAAUCCUGAUAAAGAGCAAAUCAGACCAGAAGAAAUCUAUGAGAGUUUACCAGUCAUCUAUAUGAAUAUUGCUAAACGUGCUGAGUUUCUACAUUGUAUUAAAGAUGCUCCCCCACGACCAUCUUCAGGUUCCAUAUUACAGGGAAAUCCUGCUACUGCUGCACGUGUAGGGUUUAUAUCUGAUAUCACCCCAAUCAGUAAACCAGGACGACCUCCAACAGAAGAUCCAUCUUUAAACGUUAUUAAAAGUAUUCUCAAGCCUCAGAAAGAUAAAGUUGAUCCAAUAGCUGAUUAUAGUGCCGAGAUAAUGCCUCAUGCAGCUCAUUCUAAUGUGACUGUUAUUGCCCCCCCAGACAGUCGUGAAAAACUGAAAUCAGCAAUGUCUGUUAGUUCUGGUAAAGGCAGCACGACAUCUUCAAUAGACAGGAAAGUCAGUGGUCGUAGAAGUCAAGUCGCUAUUUCUGAACAAGGUCACAAUAAACGUAUCCACUCUGCUACGAUGAAUUCUGUACUAUCAGUAAUUCCAGACAAGAUGGCAGCAUCCUUUCACCGAGAUUCUCUAGCAUUACGUAAUCAAAGAACUACGAGGUUUGAAAGAAGAUUUUAUGUUUUUGGUGAGAAGGAAGAAGAAGGAGAGACAGAAUAUUUUACUGGCAUUGUGAAAAAAUUGUUACGCGAGGCCCUAGAGGGGCUACUGAUCACAGCUGAGCUAUAUUAUAAAACUAAAGGUAACAGAGCUGUAACUAGACCUCAGGCAUUACAAGAUAAUUUUGAUAGCUGUGCUGAUACAGUCAUUUUAAAAUUACAAUCUUAUUAUAAACAAGCCUUCGAAUAUCAUAAUGAAUGUUUACAAGAAUUUCGAAAACAACUUCGUGAAUUUGAAGAAUUAGUUGCUAGGUUACCAUGGUUAGUUUUAGGAGAAAUAGAAUCCCAGCAGAAACAAAACUUAGAAACAGAACGUAAAAAUAUCGAAAAUAAAUUCUCUGAAUUGUUUCAACAACUUAAAAAACAACAGACGGAUCAUCAGAAUGAGUUGCGGCCAUCUUUAGGUCACCCCCAUCAACAGCCUGAGUUAGAUAAACUGUGUGAGAAGGAGAAGAAACGCCACGAAGAAUAUCUACAACUGGUUCAAACACAGCUAACAGAGCUAAAGGCCAGUUUAAAAGAACAGAGUAAGAAGUUUAUAGAAACUAUAGCCCGGGCUGCUGAGAACCAACUAUCACAAUAUGAUAAUAUUACAGUUGUUGAUGAAGUACAGGUUGGACGAGUACCACCUCGACGCUAUCCAACCCAGGAGCUGAUGAGACGUAAAGCUGCUGGAGAGAGUCUGGAAGAUGGGGAAGAAGGGGAGAUAAUACCAAGAGGAAAAGGAACUUGGCCAGGUCUACCGAAUAAUGAAUUGAUUGUGGAUCCUCUAGAGAGAGCAGAUGAGGUAGAAUACACGGCUACAGUCACGACUUUAAAAACUACCCUCGGUCAUCAGGCUGUUGUCAUGUGUCGAGAACAAGCUUAUGAGCAUUAUCAAAAUUUGUUCGAGCGAACGUUGAAAGAGAUCCAUAUUGAGAAAGAAAAACUGUUAAAAUCUGAAGAAAGAUGGAUGGACAGUUGGCAGAAAUCAGUCCAGAAAGUGAAAAAUCUUUACUAG